GCGCGGGGCACAGCCAAGGCCCACCAAUCACCAGUCACGCAAUUGUCACCCGCAUCACCAGCCCGCUGUAGAUCCAAUUCACCACCACCCACUACGCAAUCGGUGUGGUGUUUACCCCUCCUCUGCUGCCCAGCUGCAGUAGCUUACUUCCAUCCAGCAUCCCCAUCCCCUCACCACGUUUUAUUUCCUACUCAUCAUCAACCAUCUCCUUUAUGCUCGUCAUCCGCACAACUACACUUAAGCAACUACUCACCACUAGACUCCUCCCACUUACACCGGUGCGUCACAGCCGCCGUACCCUCGCAAUCAUGGCCCAGGAAUACAAACUCAAAGGCCUCGUGACGCUCGACCUGCCCACCGGCUUCAAGCAGGAAGCGGAAGUCGAAGGCAUCGAGGGCGCCAAGGUCCUCGUCGUCAGCGCCGCGGGUAAAGUGUCUGCCAUUGGCGCCAAGUGCACGCACUACGGCGCUCCGCUGGUCAAGGGCGUCCUUACAGCCGAUGGUCGUGUUACCUGUCCCUGGCACGGCGCCUGCUUCAACGCUGCCACUGGCGACGUCGAAGACGCCCCGGCCUUUGAACCGCUCAACACAUACCCCCUCUCAGCCAAGGACGGCAGUGUCUACAUCACGGCCACCGAAGCCGCCAUUAAGGCCUUCUCGCGCGCCUCCAAUGCCGCAUGCACUGCCAAAGACGCCGCCUCUGCACCCGGUGUCGUCAUUGUCGGCGGCGGCUCCGGCGCUCUCGGUGCCGUCGACGGACUCCGCCAGCACGGCUACACGGGAUCCGUGACUGUCGUCUCCAAUGAGGGAUACCUCCCGAUCGACCGCCCCAAGCUGAGCAAAGCUCUUAUUACUGACGUCGCCAAGAUCACGCUGCGCGAUCAGGCCUGGUACGACGCCGGCAAUGUCAAGUGGGUGACGGACCAGGUUGCCUCUGUCGACUUUGCCGCCCGCUCCGUGUCGACCGCCGACGGCACCAGCAUCCCAUACUCCAAACUAGUUCUCGCUACGGGCGGCACGCCGCGCCAGCUACCCCUUCCUGGAUUUGAUACCCUCUCAAACGUCUUUACACUGCGCACUGCCGCAGACACCAAGAAGAUUACCGACGCCAUUGGCCCCGACGGCGGCAAAAAGGUCGUCAUUGUCGGCUCAUCAUUCAUCGGCAUGGAAGUUGCCAAUGCCACGCUCAAGAACAACUCCGUCACUGUAAUCGGCAUGGAAAAGGUGCCCCUAGAACGAGUCCUCGGCGAGCAAGUCGGCGCGGCUGUGCAGGCAUCACUCGAGAAGAAGGGCAUCACGUUCCACAUGAACGCCAGCGUAGACAGCGCCAGCGACGGCGCCAUUCUACUCAAAGACGGCACGAAGCUCCCAGCCGACGUGGUGAUUCUCGGAGUCGGCGUCAGCCCCGCGACAGAGUACCUGCAAGGCAACGCAGGCAUCACACUCGAAAAGGACGGCUCCGUCAAAACAGACGCACACUUUCUCGUCGACGGCCACAAGGACGUCUACGCUGUCGGCGACAUUGCAACGUACCCGUACCGCGGCCCCGUGGGCGGCAGCGAGUCUGGCAGCAACACCAAGUACACACGCAUCGAGCACUGGAACGUCGCCCAGAACGCAGGUCGCACUGCUGCAACGCACAUUGUCGAUCCGUCCCGCGCGCCCGCCAACUUUAUCCCCGUCUUCUGGUCUGCGCUCGGCGCCCAGCUGCGUUACUGCGGAAACUCGGCGCCGUCCGUGGGUGGAUGGGACGACGUGGUGGUCCAUGGCGACUUGGAUGCGCUCAAGUUUGUCGCCUUUUAUACUAGUGACAACGUUGUCGUUUCGGCGGCUAGCAUGGGCAUGGACCCGUACGUCAUGCAGACGGCCGAGCUUAUGAGGACCAACAAGAUGGCUACCAAGGAUAUGUUGCAGGCUGGCUACGAUUUGCUUAGCAUUAGCCCGUAAAGCGGUAUUGGCGGUCAACAUAAAAAAGAAUCACAAAGAUAAUGAACGGAAGUGAACCAAGAAUAGGUGUAUAUAUACACAAGAUAAUGUUUUCAUGAUAACAGCUGUAACAGUCUCGUCCGGACAUGAUUUUCGCCUGGCACUCUGCUUGAGCGCAUGUGUGUGUGUACCUGUAUAACCAAAACUCCAGAAAGAAUGAGUAAUUCCAAAUAAAAAAAAAGGCCGCUAGAACGCCCCAAAAGUCCGUCAAAAUAAACGCCGUGUGAUUAUAUAUAUUUCCCAGUCGUGGUGUUAGUAGUAGUGGUUGUCAUUGUAGUAGUUGUAAGAAUGAGUGGUUGCGGUUGUGGUAGUGGCGAGUGUGGUAGUGGAUGUGAGUGUGUAGUCUAUAUUUCGAGCUGUGUUUCGCAAGAGACAGACAUCGCCCUAAUCGGAGACGAAUCUGGCACUGGUAAUGCAAAAUUCGUCGACAACAUGAAUGCGGCUGCUGCUGGCAAUGCUCUUCUCUUCGAGCUCGCGUAGGACAGGCUGCUGACGCAUGAGUGCCUCUUCGUCGCUCUGUCGUCCGCCAACCACCAUGGCGGUGUUGUAGGGGCCAGUCAGGGCGAUUUUGCGCUCCUUUUCGUCCAUUUCGGUAUAUCGUUCGACGCGGCUCUUCAGGCCACUGCUCUCGCUUCGCAGGACGGCCGGUGAUGGCGGUGUAAUAGGGCUGCCUCCAAUGGUAUGUAAAGGAAAGGGUAGGUCGGGAUGUAGAACGGGCUCUACUUUGGGCCCAAUGAGCUUGUUUAAUCGCUUUUUGUAUAGUGGGCGCAGUAUUGGGAUUCCGAUGCAGAUGAGCGUGACGGAAAUCUCU